GUUAACGAAGCCCUUGUCGUUUGCUGACUGUGUUGGGGAUGAGCUGCCGUGGGGAUGGGAAGCAGGGUUUGACCCUCAGAUUGGUGUCUACUACAUCGAUCACAUCAACAAAACCACACAGAUAGAAGAUCCAAGAAAACAGUGGAGGGGGGAGCAGGAGAAGAUGCUCAAGGACUAUCUCUCAGUGGCCCAGGAUGCACUCAGGACUCAGAAGGAGCUGUACCACGUGAAGGAGCAGAGACUGGCCUUGGCCCUGGAUGAGUACGUGCGAUUAAAUGACGCCUACAAGGAGAAGUCGAGUUCUCACACCAGCUUAUUCUCAGGAUCUUCAUCCAGUACUAAAUAUGAUCCUGAUAUUUUAAAAGCCGAGAUCUCCACUACACGAUUAAGGGUUAAAAAGCUGAAGAGAGAACUCUCACAGAUGAAACAAGAACUGCUCUAUAAAGAACAAGGCUUUGAAACAUUGCAACAAAUUGAUAAGAAAAUGUCUGGAGGCCAGAGUGGGUAUGAACUUAGUGAAGCCAAAGCCAUUCUAACUGAACUGAAAUCCAUCAGAAAGGCGAUUAGCUCAGGAGAAAAAGAGAAACAAGACCUAAUGCAGAGUCUCGCUAAGCUGCAGGAGCGGUUUCAUUUGGAUCAGAGCAUUGGCAGAUCCGAGCCAGACUUGAGAUCCAGUCCUGUGAACUGUCACUUAUCGCUGUCCAGACAGACCCUGGAUGCUGGGUCACAGACAAGCAUUUCUGGAGAUAUUGGAGUGAGAAGUAGAUCAAACUUAGCCGAAAAGGUCAGGCUCAGCCUACAGUAUGAAGAAGCUAAAAGAAGUAUGGCCAACUUAAAAAUCGAACUGUCCAAACUGGACAGUGAAGCCUGGCCCGGGGCCCUGGACAUUGAGAAGGAGAAGCUGAUGCUGAUUCACGAGAAAGAAGAACUUCUGAAAGAGCUUCAGUUCGUCACUCCUCAGAAGCGCUCCCAAGAAGAACUGGAACGCCUGGAAGCCGAGAGGCAGCGGCUGGAAGAGGAGCUGCUGUCGGUGAGGGGCACGCCCAGCCAAGCCCUGGCGGAGAGAUUGAAAUUGGAAGAGCGAAGAAAAGAGCUGCUGCAGAAACUUGAAGAAACUACUAAGUUAACUACUUAUUUGCAUUCACAACUUAAAAGCCUCUCCGCCAGCACCUUGUCCGUGUCGUCUGGGAGCAGCCUGGGGUCCCUGGCAUCCAGUCGGGGCUCUCUGAACACGUCCAGCAGAGGGUCGCUCAACUCGCUCAGUUCCAGCGAACUUUAUUACAGCAGUCAGGGUGACCAGAUGGACGUGGAUUACCAGUAUAAACUGGACUUCCUUCUGCAAGAGAAGGGUGGUUACAUUCCUUCCGGACCCAUCACCACCAUCCAUGAAAACGAGGUGGUCAAGUCCCCCAGCCAGCCUGGCCAGAGUGGACUGUGUGGGGUGGCAGCCACAGCAGCAGGCCACACUCCUCCACUGACUGAGGCCCCCAAGUCUGUGACGUCCCUGUCCUCGAGGUCCUCCCUUUCAUCCUUGUCCCCUCCUGGCUCCCCCUUGGUUUUGGAAGGCACAUUCCCCUUGUCUCAUGACGCCUCCCUCCGUCAGUUCACUGCUGACUUCGAGGACUGUGAGCUGAGUAGCCACUUUGCAGACCUCAGCCUCGGCGAAAAUCAGAUCUUGCUGGAUUCGGACUCAGGAGGAGCUUCCCAGUCUCUCUUGGAGGACAAAGACCUUAACGAGUGUGCUAGGGAGCCGUUAUAUGAAGGCACCGCAGAUGUGGAAAAAUCAUUACCAAAAAGAAGAGUCAUUCACCUGCUUGGGGAGAAAGCGGCUUGUGUGUCGGCUGCUGUAUCCGACGAGUCUGUGGCUGGCGACAGCGGGGUCUACGAAGCCUUCGUGAAACAGCCGAGUGAAAUCGAAGACGUUCCAUUCAGUGAAGAGGAGGCUGCCAUUGUGGAGACUGCCCAGGUGCAGAUAGGACUCAGAUACGAUGCAAAAAGUUCAAGUUUCAUGGUGAUAAUAGCACAGCUCCGAAAUCUUCAUGCUUUCUUGAUACCUCAUACAUCAAAAGUAUAUUUCAGGGUUGCUGUACUUCCCUCCUCGACUGACGUCAGCUGCCUAUUUCGAACAAAAGUCCAUCCGCCCACAGAAGCCCUUUUGUUCAACGAUGUGUUCAGAGUGGCCAUUUCCCAAACAGCCUUACAGCAAAAGACCCUGAGAGUGGAUCUUUGCUCUGUCAGUAAACGCCGACGGGAAGAAUGCCUGGCCGGAACUCAGAUCAGCCUGGCCGAUUUGCCAUUCUCCAGUGAGAUUUUCACUCUGUGGUAUAACCUGCUUCCCUCCAAGCAAAUGCCUUGUAAAAAGAACGAAGAAGAAAAUGAAGACUCUAUCUUUCAACCAGACCAACCAUCAGUAGAUCCUAUAAACUUGGAUGCAGUGUCAGCCUUACUUGCAAGAACAUCCGCUGAGCUGUUGGCUGUGGAAAAAGAAUUAGCACAAGAAGAAGAGGAGGAGGAACCAGAACGAGAGGGAGAGCAAAGGGGUCCAGAAGGAGAUUGGUUAACAAUGCUGAGAGAGGCCUCAGACGAAAUUGUGGCUGAAAAAGAUACUGAAGUUCAGUUGCCAGAGGACACUAGCUGCACAGAAGACUUGAGUUCAUGCUCUAGGAUGUCUGAGAUAGGUGAAGACAGGAGCAGGAAAGAAAACGACGGUGCCAAGGACCUCAGGAGCCAGCCGCCUGCUGGAGCACCCACCCUGGUUGAUAAAGAGACAAAUACUGAUGAGACAGUGAGUGACAAUGUGGCAGUUCGCCCCAAGGAGCGCAGUGGCCUGAACUCGCGGCAGCACCCCUUCGUGAGGAGCAGUGUGAUCGUGCGCUCACAAACCUUCUCUCCCGGAGAGCGGAGCCAGUACAUCUGCAGGUUGAAUCGAAGUGACAGUGACAGUUCCACCCUGGCGAAAAAGUCAUUGUUUGUGAGAAACUCCACUGAACGGCGCAGUUUGAGGGUCAAAAGGACGGUUUGCCAGCCAGUCCUUAGAAGGGCAGCACAAGAAUGCCCCGUGCGUACAUCUCUCGACCUAGAACUGGAUCUGCAGGCGUCCCUCACCCGGCAGAGCCGCCUCAAUGAUGAGCUGCAGGCCUUGAGGGGCUUACGGCAAAAGCUGGAGGAACUGAAAGCUCAGGGAGAGACCGACCUUCCCCCCGGCGUGCUGGAGGACGAGCGGUUCCAGACGCUCCUGAAACAAGCUGAGAAGCAGGCCGAACAGUCCAAAGAGGAGCAGAAGCAAGGUUUGAGCGCAGAGAAGCUGAUGCGGCAAGUCUCCAAGGAUGUGUGCCGGCUCCGGGAGCAGAGCCGGAAGGUGCCCCGACAGGUGCAGUCCUUCAGGGAGAAGAUCGCCUACUUCACCAGGGCGAAGAUCAGCAUCCCCUCCCUGCCAGCGGACGAUGUGUGACCCCAUCCCUCGAGAUUAUUUUUCCAUCCAGUCACUCACUUAGAGGGUAAAAGACUGAACAUUUGUUUGGGUUUUCGCGGGUUUUUUGGUAACAUAAUUAUCAACUCUUGAAGAACAUUCACAUCAGAUUUUCAACAUGUUAAUUUGUACAAUA